CAGGCGGGCGGGACUGAGGGACUCAGGGAAGAAGAAUCGAGGUUUGGCUCGGGCGGGGACGACAAUCAAGUGAAGCGCAGGGACGGCGGGCGGUGCGGGCGGGCGAGAGCGGCCUUUGUCUCCUCCCGCGCGCUCGGUGGUGCCACUCCGGUCCCCAUGAGCCCGCGGCCCCCCGGCGCCCGGGCGUCCUGCAGCCCCUGACCUGCCCUGUCCUCGCCAUGGCCGAGGCAGCCUCGGGCGCCGGGGGCGCGACCCUGGAGGGGGAGCGAGGGAAGAGGCCCCCGCCGGAGGGCGAGCCUGCAGCGCCUGCGUCUGGAGUCCUGGAUAAACUAUUUGGGAAGAGGCUCCUGCAGGCUGGCCGCUACCUGGUAUCUCACAAGGCAUGGAUGAAGACGGUACCCACCGAGGACUGUGACGUGCUCAUGACCUUCCCAGACACCACCGAUGACCACACGCUGCUAUGGCUGCUGAAUCACAUCCGAGUGGGCAUCCCCGAGCUGAUCGUGCAAGUUCGCCACCACCGCCACACGCGUGCCUAUGCCUUCUUUGUCACAGCCACAUAUGAGAGCUUGCUCCGGGGGGCCGAUGAGCUGGGUCUGCGAAAGGCAGUGAAGGCCGAGUUUGGCGGGGGCACCCGCAGCUUCUCCUGCGAAGAGGACUUCAUCUACGAGAAUGUGGAGAGCGAGCUGCGCUUUUUUACAUCGCAGGAGCGACAGAGCAUCAUCCGCUUCUGGUUGCAGAACCUACGGGCCAAGCAGGGGGAGGCGCUGCACAACGUGCGCUUCUUGGAGGACCAGCCAAUCAUCCCGGAGCUGGCUGCCCGAGGCAUCAUACAGCAGGUGUUUCCGGUCCACGAGCAGCGCAUUCUGAAUCGUCUCAUGAAGUCCUGGGUGCAGGCUGUGUGUGAAAACCAGCCUUUAGAUGACAUUUGUGACUACUUUGGGGUGAAGAUCGCCAUGUAUUUUGCCUGGCUGGGCUUCUACACGUCGGCAAUGGUUUACCCUGCUGUCUUUGGUUCUGUUUUGUAUACAUUUACUGAAGCCGAUCAGACAAGCCGGGAUGUUUCCUGUGUUGUCUUCGCUCUCUUCAACGUGAUCUGGUCGACACUGUUCUUGGAGGAGUGGAAACGGAGGGGUGCAGAGUUAGCCUACAAGUGGGGGACAUUAGAUUCACCCGGGGAAGCUGUGGAGGAGCCACGACCCCAGUUCAGGGGUGUCCGACGCAUCAGCCCCAUCACUCGGGCUGAGGAGUUCUACUACCCGCCCUGGAAGCGACUGCUCUUCCAGCUGCUCGUCAGCCUGCCUCUGUGCCUGGCCUGCCUUGUCUGUGUCUUUGUGCUGAUGCUUGGCUGCUUCCAGUUGCAGGAGCUGGUCCUGAGCGUGAAGGGUCUACCCCGCCUGGUUCGCUUCCUGCCCAAGGUCAUGCUGGCCCUGCUGGUCAGUGUGAGCGCUGAGGGCUACAAGAAGUUGGCUGUGUGGCUCAAUGACAUGGAGAACUACCGGCUAGAGAGCACCUACGAGAGGCACCUUAUCAUCAAAGUCGUCUUGUUCCAGUUUGUCAACUCGUACUUGAGUCUGUUCUACAUCGGCUUCUACCUCAAAGACAUGGACCGCCUGAAAGAGCUCCUGCUACUCCUGUCCCUGACCCAGAGCCUCGAGCGGCAGCUGCGGGCGGCACUGGUCCCGCUCGUGGCCCUGCGGUUCCGCCUGCUCCUCCUGUCCCUCCGGGGUUUCCUGCUCGUGGCCCGGGCCAAAAUGCUGGCCACUCUGCUCAUCACUCGGCAGCUGCUGCAGAAUGUGCGCGAGGUGCUGCAGCCGCACCUGUAUCGCAGGCUGGGCCGCGGGGAGCUGGGCCUGCGCGCCAUCAGGGAACUGGCCCGGGCCCUGCUGGGCCUGCUGAACCCCUUGCGCCCUGACCCCCGAGGGCACCUGGAGGCCCAGGCUGAUGAGGGAGGAGCAGGGAGCCACAGGUGUUUGGGUGGAGGCUGCGGGGCGCCAGAGGAAGAGGAAGAGACAGCGGUGGAGCGGAGGCCGGCAGGGGAAGGCGGAGAGGUCCCAGAUGGGCCUCGGGGUGGCAAGGAGGAGGAGGAGGAAGAAGACGAGGAGGAUGAGGAGGACGAGGAGGACGAGGGCGAGGAAGGCGGCCUCCUGGACUGCGGGCUGCGCCUUAAGAAGGUCAGCUUUGCGGAGAGGGGCGCAGGGCGACGCAAGCCAGGCCCGGGUCCUGAUGGCCUCCUGGAAGAGGGGAGCCCCACCAUGGUGGAGAAAGGGCUGGAGCCUGGCGUGUUUACUCUGGCCGAGGAAGAUGAUGAGCCAGAGGGGCCUCCCGGCAGCCCUGGGCCAGAGCCCCCGACCAUCUUGCUCCGUCGUGCUAGUGGUGAGGGCCGCGACCAGGGUCCUGAUGGAGGUGGAGACCCAGAGACCAGCUCCGGGGACACGGCUGGGAGACAGAGGAGGAACAACAGGUCCUCAUGGAUCGACCCACCAGAGGAGGAGCAUUCGCCACAGCUCACGCAGGCAGAGCUGGAGAGCUGCAUGAAGAAGUAUGAGGACACAUUCCAGGACUACCAGGAGAUGUUUGUGCAGUUCGGCUACGUAGUGUUCUUCUCUUCCGCCUUCCCCCUGGCCGCCCUGUGUGCCCUCGUCAACAACCUGAUUGAGAUCCGAAGCGAUGCCUUCAAGCUAUGCAGCGGCCUACAGCGGCCAUUUGGGCAGCGAGUGGAGAGCAUUGGCCAAUGGCAGAAGGUCAUGGAGGCCAUGGGCGUGCUGGCAAUCAUGGUGAACUGCUACCUCAUUGGCCAGUGUGGCCAGCUGCAGCGCCUGUUUCCCUGGCUGAGCCCAGAGGCGGCCAUCGUGUCUGUGGUGGUGCUAGAGCACUUGGCUCUGCUGGUCAAGUACCUCAUCCACGCAACCAUCCCUGACAUCCCUGGCUGGGUGGCUGAAGAGAUGGCCAAACUGGAGUACCAGCGACGAGAAGCCUUCAAGCGGCACGAGCGGCAGGCGCAGCAGCGCUUCCAGCAGCAGCAGCGGCGACGGCGCGAGGAGGAGGAGCGGCAGCGGCACGCGGAGCAGCAGGCGCGGCGGGAGCGCGAUGCGGGCGCCCGCCUGCUGGCCCGCAGCCCGCCACUAGCCCCGCCGCGCCCCUGCCGUUUCGUCGACCAGGAUGGGGGUCACGAGCGGAACCCCACAGAACAGAAAAGGAAAUGUGAACCCAAGGACUCCUGGGCAAGGAGGUGUGGCAGUCAGUCCUAUGCCAGUCACUCCGGUCCCAGUGGCUCCAGCCGAGGUGUGCGGACCAAAGACGCUGGGUGA